AUGUCUGGGAGGCUGUGGUCCAAGGCCAUUUUUGCCGGUUAUAAGCAGGGUCUCCGGAACCAGAGGGAGCACACAGCUCUUCUUAAAAUUGAAGGUAUUUAUGCUCGAGAUGAAACUGAAUUCUCUCUGAGCAAGAGAAGUACUUAUGUGUACAAAGCAAAGAACAACACAGUGACUACUCCUGGUGGCAAACCAAACAAAACCAGAGUAAUCUGGGGAAAGGUAACUCGUGCACAUGGAAAUAGUGGCAUGGUUCAUGAUAAAUUCCGAAGCAACCUUCCCGCUAAGGCCAUUGGACACAGAAUCCGUGUAAUGCUGUACCCCUCAAGGAUUUAUAUUAAAAAGUAA